UCUCGAGUAAGAUUUGUUCUUGAGCACCAAAUUCACCAUAUUCUUCAAGGAUUCUUAUGGUUUUUCAUCACGUGUCUCCAUCAGCUGCCCAACGCGUCUGCCGAUAGUAAUUUUAAUUCUUUUACCGCAGAAAAAGGAGGGAGAUGAAUUUGUUGGCACCGAUUGUCCUCGCACCAAAAGCAUCCUACCACACAUGACUAUCAGAGUCCACAGAUAUAUACGUAUAGGCAUAUACUCCUUUUACAUUCUCUGAGCACCAUGGAGGGUAGCACCGGUUCCCUGGUUUUCAGGCCGCUGGUUUUAGGCAAAUCCUGCUGCGGCGCUGGUGCCAGACGGCUCUGUUUCCGGGUGCUGGUGACGAGGCCGAGUGAGUCCGGCGACCGGAGGCGGGGCAGCAGGAUGGUGGACGAGAACAUGAUCGUGCUGAGGAAGAGGAUUCAGGAGAUGAAGAUGGGGGAGAGGAACUACGAGGCGCCUGCCCACUGGAUGGAGUGGGAGAAGAGGUACUACGCCUCGUAUGACUCGGACGUGUGCGAAGGGGUGGGUCAGUUGCAGAGGUUUCUCAUGGGCACCAGGCCCAGUGUGGCUCUGGGGAUGCUGCUGCUGCUCGGUUUCAGCGUGCCCUCUUCUGUUGUUGCAGCCCUUCUCUAUGUGAUUGAGGCUGGACAUCAAAUCAUUGGUACUAGCUAGAAUCUCCUUGUGUCAAUUAUAUCGUCUUUGGUGGUAAAAAUAUUGAUCUUUGCAUGAUAAUACUGAUGAUCCAUAUUCUAUAGUUGUCUGUUUUCGUUUGCUCUUUCAAGACUUAUUGUAUAAAUAAAUGAGUAGCAUAUAUACUUUUGAAAUUUUAGUUA